CUCAGUGUGUCGUCGCGCCUCCGACACGAUUCUCUUUUCCCGCGCUUCCGUGUCAAACGUGUCCUCUUUCUCGCUCACGAACGUGUCGACCACGUGUUUCCUCUCCUCUCAAUCCUCCCGUAAAAUUUAUCGAGACCUUAAUGAAUAUUUAACCAGUAUCCUAUUUCUUUUUUGUCAACGUGUCAGAGAGGUCGUGUAGAAUCAUUUUCAUGUGAACAGUCCAGCGUUCAAAAUUUAAGACAGUUUAUCUUCGAAUUUCCGCGUUUAUGAUCGGUCCCUCCUUAUUGGAAAGCUUUCUUCUGGACUCGAAUGUUUCUUUUCUUUCCUUCAACAAUCAACGUAUUUAUUCAGAUUUAAAUAACUCUUAGAACGUGUUCCGUGCUAUUAAGAAUUGUGGCGUAGUCAGUGUUAAAAGGUCUUUAUUUUAAUCAUAUUAGUGCAUUUAAUUGAGAUUGAUAAGGAACAAUUACAUUUUUGAGUACAUUUCCCAAGUUUAAACACGUUGAUAUAGACUGAGAUCAGUGCUCUAGAAGUUAAAAGAAAUUCCAUCAUUUCCCGUGAUCGAUUCGAGGACUCACAAUCAAUCGUCGCGAAGUCGUCGAAGGCGGAAAGCGGUGAACGGUGAGCGCCGACCGCACCCGCACCGUUGUCGUCGCGCCGAGCCUCCAACUUGGACCCAACUUUUUAAUCGCCACUCGAUAACGGCGCCCGCCCCCUAACUCAUCCCCCGCUCCGAGUUGACUUGUUGAACGACCGCAUCCUCCCCGUCCAGAGUCGUCAUGUGCCCCCACCCCGUCGUUGCCUGUCCUCAAUUUCCGCCCUCGACCGCCACCGCUCCGCGUUACGACACGCAACGCAGCGUUACGUAAUUGUUAUCGCGAUCUCUCCCAGUGGGGCAUGGACAGCAUUUUCUCCAGUAAAAGAGAUUUUAAACUUUCAAUUGUAGCGUGAUACAAUUGUUGUAAAAGGUCUCUUUCAACAAAUCAACGAACAGAUUCUCGUCCUCACUGUUUUUCUUCACAACAAGACGGAUUUGUAUUUAUGGAGGGAAAACCUCAAAUUUGACCUAUCUGACAGUAGUGCCCCAAUUUGGUGCGGUUUAGCGCGCACUAUCCAUUUUACUGUCAUCCGCAAACAAAUUUCAUCCGCCAGUUGUUGGGACGGAUGAGUGUCAAAGUUGGCAGAGUUUGCUGUCGCGCACCUCUCUAGUUGUAUUGUAUCCUCGCGAAGAAAAAAAUCUCACCGGAAGCAAACCCGAUCGAUCGCGAGGGAGUGAAAAUCCCAGCCGUCGACAAGUGGGAGGACAUAAGCCGAUUUGACUUGCAACAAAUUCUGAAUGAGCCGGACUUAUUAAAGUCGCAUUAUUUUUCCUAGCUACGAACACGGUGAAAAUGAGAAUCGAAGGACGACUUAAAGAAAAUCUCGCGGAAAACUUUUCCGUGUCGGUGAUGGUUUUUCUUCAUUCUUAGUCUCGACGAAAUGUGAACUGUUUGUGAAACCGAUUCUAAUUUUUUGACGAGUUUAUUAAAACGUCUUGUAUGAGUUUUUAAUAUAAUUAAAAUAAGCGCCAAAGGUAACUUAUUCCAUACCGCCGAGGAAUAAAAAAACUUUAAUCUUGACCGAGUGGCCAUCUUUGAAACUGGCGUUGGGCUCAUCGCGUGGCAGCUUGGAACAUUAAAUUUGAAGUUGACAACUAUUCGGAUAGUUUGAGUGGCGACCGUUCCCGGUUCGUUCGUUUCCGCUGACGGGGGUUUUGGUUUUCACGGUGGUGUCGCGCGGUUUUCUUGAGACCGAUGUGGCGAUGGACUUAGCGCGGCCCGAUACCCCUUGCGGAGCCUCGAAAUGAUCGAAGGCUGGAUCCACCGGUUGGUGUUCGCCCUCUGCCUCGUCCAGCUCUUCACGCCAGAAGGCGGCUGUUUGAAACUCCUGCGGAUGCAUGUGCCCGCGUAUGUUCUGCGCGGCCAGGGCGUAGAGCUGUGGUGCGAGUACGAUAUGGAGUCGGACAGCCUGUAUUCUGUGACCUGGUACAAGGACAACGAGGAGUUCUACCGUUUCAGCCCUCGCUCCCAUCAGACGCAGCGCACUUAUCCUGCCGAUGGAAUCAGAGUCGAGACGCGAUAUUCGGACAGCAAGAAGGUUUACAUCAAGAACUUACCACUGAUAGCAAGUGGCGUGUACAAAUGCGAAAUCUCUGCCGAGGCGCCAACCUUCAGCUCGGUCCACGGAGAAAGCAGAAUGGAAAUCAUAGGUAGGUCGCCAUUCACCGUUGUCGCCUUUCACCAGGAUUCACCUCUCUCCAGGAUGCGCAAUGCAUGAAAAACACCCCCGACGACCCCAGCGCCCUUGCCACAUUCUCACACGAAUGGAAAGUUCGCGAGGGAAAAUUUUAAAUCUCAGUAUUUCAAAAUUAUAUUUCGGAAUUUCUGAGGCCAUUGAUCCAUUUUACAGUCGUUGAAAUACGAUUUAUCAAUCUUGAAUCUGCUCUCAAAUGGCCAUUAGUUAGAGUAUUCUCUGAAAGGUAUGUUAAAAUUACCAAAAUGCGCUCAAAUCGACGACACGGCCGCACAC